GCAGACGUAGGUGACGUUGAUUUUUUUGUAAAGAAAGUUGGAGUUUGUGAUUUUUCUCAAUUUCACCAAUUUUCACGGGAUGACGCGUCUUCUUGCACGUGAAUAUUGAUGUAGCAAGUAGUGAUAGACCUUUUUAGUUAAUUACAAGUGCUGGGAGUCUGCAAAAUGGGUAGAAAUAUCCUAAAGAGUAGCUUACAAAAUGCCUCCUUCAACAUUGUCUUUCAGAUCCUGUGUCGGUGCAUCACAUUCGGCAUUAAUGCCUACAUUGUGCGAUCAGUGGGACGCGAUGUGCUGGGGAUUAUGAAUGUGAGGCUACUACUGCUGGAAAGUACAUUGCUCUUCCUGUCGCGUGAGGCAACAAGCCGGGCUGCCCUUAGUGCCACGAGUCUCCAACGCAGCUCCUGCACAUGGCCACAGCUGAUUAAUCAAAUGUGGCUCACGGUUCCCAUUUGUGCAUUCCUCUGUCUCCCCCUUCUCUACAUCUGGCGCAAUGUUCUCUCAUCAGUUGACCCGCAGCUUCAGGAUCAAUAUACCUUUGGAUGCUACGCCAUCGCGGUGUCCUGCGUGAUUGAGAUGUGUGCCGAGGCCCCUGUCUUUGUGGGUCAAGUCUUCUGCUUUGUGAGGCUCAAGGUUUUCCUCGAUACCCUCCACAUUUUUGUUCGAUCGGCUGUCUUCAUUGCAAUCGUCACAACCAACAAAUCAAUUGCAAUCUAUGCCUUUGGUAUAGCUCAAUUCUCCAGCGCCAUGACAAUAAUUCUAGGUCACUACAUCUUCUUCUACCUCUACACGAAGAAACUCAACAAUUUCCGCAGACGUGCCAAGAAGGAGGAGAAGAAAGUCCUCCUUGAACAAAUGGGCACUCACUUUGACCACAUGGACGAUUUUCCCUUUACAUCUCUCCAUCAAUUCCUCCCCAAAAUCCUCCCACCUGGUGAAAAAUCCCUGAAUUCCGAUCUCCAGGUGCUUAUUCUUAGUUUCGUGAAGCAGGGAAUUCUCAAGCAAAUCCUAACUGAGGGGGAGAAGUACGUCAUGUCCGUGAGUCCCGUGCUGUCGUUCAGUGAACAAGCAACGUACGAUGUGGUCAACAACAUGGGUAGCCUAGCGGCAAGAUUCAUUUUCCGUCCAAUUGAGGACAGUAGCUACUUCUACUUCACCCAAACAAUCGCGCGGGAUGUGCAGCUGAAGGAGCAAGAAGCAGAAAAAGUUACCGAAGCAAGCAAAGUUCUGGCGAAUGUCUGCAAAGUUGUCAUGUCCAUUGGACUUGUGGGCUUUGUCUUUGGACAGAGCUACUCUGGAACGAUUCUUCUGCUCUACGGUGGGCAGGAUUUCGUAGCCGGUGGACUACCGGAACUCCUUCUACGGUGGCAUAGUUUGGCUAUUAUUCUCCUGGCUGUCAAUGGGAUCACAGAGGGUUACAUGUUUGCCACGAAUACCAGCAAGGAGAUUGAUGGAUACAACUACUACAUGGCAAUCUUCUCAGUAACCUUCCUUGCGCUCUCAUACCAACUGACCAAUCUCCUUGGACCCGUGGGGUUCAUCUUGGCAAAUUGCGCCAAUAUGAUCUUCCGCAUUAGCUACAGCAUUCGUUUUAUUAUUCGUCAGUACAAACCACUGGAGGAGAACCCCCUGAGGAAUAUCCUUCCUGGUCCACUCUUCCUCAUCACACUUAUUGCCUGCGGAGUAGCUUGCAAAGUAUCCGAAGCAAUGAUUCUCAGUAGAUCUGUGCUGUAUCAUUUACUUUUGGGGGCUUUCUGUGCCCUAAUCACCGUGCUUGCGUGGUCUUUUGAAAAUAGGGAACUCAUAAAGCUUGGCUUUAGUAAGUAUCGCACCAAAAGGAAGAGUCAGUGAUAUUUUUGAAUGCUUAAAAAAAUUUAAAGAAAUAAAUUUACUACAAAGCAGAAGAAAUAAAA